CAGAAGCUACAGCUACUUACUUGUGUCUGGAGUUCCCUUGCCGUUCAGAGAGGAGAGGCAGAAGCCGUAACAAAAGGAUGCCAGCUAGUUUCCCAUCUCCCAUUUCUUUCUUCCUGUGGUACCCUGAAGAGGAGCAGUAGCAGCAGCAGCAGGUGUUGCGGAUGGGCAUAGCUGCGAUGGAAGAACGAGGGAGGAUGAGCUUCCGACAGCAGAAUCAGGACCGCCACUUGGAGUAUGGUGACGUUGAAGAGGAACUUCAGAGCCUAGCAUGGUACCAUGACAGUCUUACUCGUCAUGCAGCAGAGGCCCUUCUUCUUUCCAAUGGCACUGAUGGAAGCUACCUCCUAAGGAAGAGCAAUGGCAAGGCAGCUCUUUUCUCUCUCUCAGUAAGAGCAAAAGAUUCUGUAAAACAUUUUCAUGUGGAGUACACUGGGUCUACAUACAAGUUUGGCUUUAAUGAAUUUUUAGGCUUGAAAGACUUGAUCAUGCAUUUUGCAAAUCAGCCUUUAAUUGGCAGUGAAACAGGUACCCUGAUUGUUCUGAAGCACCCCUAUCCUAGGAAGGUGGAGGAACCUUCCAUUUAUGAAUCUGUGCGCGUUCACACAGCAAUGCAGACAGGAAAAACGGAAACUGACCUCGUCCCCAAUGCACCUUCACUAGGCACAAAAGAAGGAUACCUGACAAAACAAGGCGGAAUAGUUAAGAACUGGAAAACUAGAUGGUUUACAUUGCACAGGAAUGAACUGAAAUAUUAUAAAGACCAGACGUCCACAGAGCCGAUCAGAGCACUAGACUUGACAGAAUGCUCAGCAGUACAGUUUGACUAUUCACAGGAUAAAGUCAAUUGUUUUUGUUUAGUGUUCCCACAGAGGACUUAUUAUCUCUUUGCAAAGACGGGAGUAGAAGCAGAUGAAUGGAUUAAGAUACUGCAAUGGAAAUUGUCACAGAUAAGGAAAAAAGCACGCCAGCGUGAUGCUACGCUAAGGCCAUAAAUGUUUCUGUAGCAAAUCUAAUGUGACAAAGGCCUGUGUUGGUUGAAAUCAGUGCUCCAUCAGACCUAUAAUUAAGAACGUAAGAAUUGCUCUGCUGCUUGAGUGCAGAAAUCCAUCAAGUUCAUCAAGAUCGCCCAUCCAGAUGCGACUAGGACAUUCAUGAACAGGGCAUUGCAGAGAUAGGAACCUUCGUUCCCAACACCUGAUAACCAUAAGAAUGACACCUUUGAAGAAGGAUAUUCCAUUUUUCGCUAUUACGGCUAAUAGACACUGAGAAGACUUGUGCUCCAUGAAUUUGCCUAAUGCUCAUUUAAAGCCAUUGACUUUCAACUCGUCUUGAUGUGAGGACCAAUAUUUUCUGCAGCGACUAGUAGCCACUGGUGUUGUGUAGUCCAGUCUUUCCUGCCAUGCAUCAGUUCUUCCUAUGCAAGCAAUUUCAAUGCAUCUGCUGCACAGAAUGUGUGAACUUCAAAUACGCGGUCAGCUUAAAGAACGGAUUCUUUCGUAGCUUGAGCCAUUGAAUUGACUGUGAAGACAGCCAUCCUUUCAAACCUGGCAUGUUCUGUUAUGAUCCUAACCAUUUGCAAGAUGCUCUCUAGCAUAAGUUUCUUGAACCCUAUUUUUUUAAAAAAAUAGUUUUAAUCUGAUCUGCCCAGGUUGCUGUAACUGUGGCUUUGACCACAGAAAUCUCCCCUAGAAAUUCCAACGCCCUUUACCAGAACUAACAUUUUCAGUGUUCUUUGCUUGGAAAGCCAUGAUAGAUUGCUCCGUGAUCAGAAAGUGCUUCCUUGAGCAAGAAGGAGGGCACCAUAUUUCUUUGUUAGCCCCUUGUGUCUCAUGGAUUGCUCCUUUGGAGGCAGGGAGCUUAAUGGCCUCCAUGUGCUACCUCCUGCGUCCGUGGCCUUACCUGCAGUGGCAGUCCUCCACUCAAUUCCUAAUGGCUGUCCCUCCAAUUGGUAUCAGGUGGUUGCCAUUUUAAAGUAUUCACAGUGUCCCACACAAUGCGACAUUGGGCGCUCCAGGGCAGGGCUAGCCUUAUCAUUAGGCAGAGUGAGGCAAUUGUCUCAGGUGGCAGACUCUAGGAGGCAGCAGCGAGAUACUGGAGGAGAGCUGGGUGCCACACGGCCUGCACUGUCUUCAGGCAUAGUGUCCCAUUGGAAAGAAUUAACUAUCAGUGCAGUUGGCCUUUGUACAUGGAACUGGAGGGGGCACUAUCUUGUUCUUCACCUCAGGCAGCAAAAUGGCAUGGGCAGCUCGUAGCCACUUGGAGCAGGUUUUUAGCACCAGUUGGCUGUGCCAGGAUGCUGGCACAGCUGCCCAAAGAUUUUGGUCCCUGACCUUGGGCCUUUUUGGAGGAUUCCCCUAUCUCUUGAAGCUUUCGAGCAGAUCAGGGACUGUUCAUAGCCCCUCGUUUCUGAACAGCAGCUUAAAUCCUAGCUUAGGUUUGUUGUGGAGAAACAGCCAUGUCUCUUUCAAUUACCCGCCUUCCUCCUAUCACAAGAAAAUGUCAUAAUUCAAAUGGCUUGCUCAUAUUACAGAAAGGAACAGAACAUCAAGUUCACAAAUUGGGUUUUAAAAAUGAUAGCUUUGCUGCUUACCACCAUAAUAUCCUGUAGCGUUACACCUGUUCAAGCCAAAUUGGCUUUAGUUUAUAUUGUCUUAUUCCCCAAAGUAGAUUUAGUUUUUCCCUAGUCAUAGGACUUUUUGGCAAUAAAGUAAAAUGGUGUGUGUGUAUAGAAAGGAAGUAGGUAAGAAAGAAGUAUAGUUGGCUGAACUCUCUCCCAAUAGAGAUCGAAUUGUGCACAUUAAUGUGCCUGCAGCCCAAGAAAGUGAUUGCGGACGUGCGUUCCUAUCUGUGUUGCAAGACAUAUGAAGUGCGUUUUUGGUCUCUGAUCUAGCAAUUUCCAGAGGGGUAGCAGAGUUAAGUCUAAUGCAGCAAAAACAACUAAGAAUCUUGUGGCAUCCUAAAGAUCAAGAAAUGUAUUAUGACAUAAGCUUUCAUGGACUACAGUGUUCAAUUCAUGAAAUGCAUGAAGUAUUUCCUAAAUUGACAGGUAUAUAUACACACAAGUUUGUCUGUGUAGUGUAGUCCAGUGUUGUUUCCUACAGUGGCCAAUCAGAUAUCUAUGGAAAGUCCACAAACGCCACACAGGCUUGUGUUGGCAUACUAUCAUGUGCUGUGCCAAUAACUCCAAGCUUAUGCCACUAACAUUUAAAGACCAGUAUCAAGGCUUAGGAAGCCACAGCACUUGGGCUUGGAGAAAAGUAACUGCAGAGGCAGUUGCCAAUAUGCAUUAGGGAAAUAUUCUGCAUAUGCAGAUCGAUGCAUAAAAUUAUUGCUAGUGUUAAAAGUACUUAUCUAAGAGUAAGACAGAAUAACUGGUGACCACCCUAUCAUACUGGUUAGGUUUCUUCCUCUAUUUUUUUAAAACCCUUGUGAAAUAUUUUUAAAGUGUGUGUGUUUUAUUUAAUAUUCCUCUGUGUUAGUACCAUUUCAAAAUAUACUGUGAGUGCUGGGAAUCAGGGUGUAUGUAAACAAUGGGACAAGAAGUGUUUGCAAAUAUAUAUUCAUAACUAUUGUAUCAUACAUUUUGUACCUUUACUGUAAAAUUUCUAAUAAACUGAAAAUAACAAA